GUUUGUUCCACGCGCACGCACAUUGGCCACAAGCAAAGCGACGUGCGCGCCUCCGCUGUGUGUAGCGACAAGAUGGCGGUCGCCGCCGGAUCAGUUGUUAAAGUCCCUCGCAAUUUUCGGCUCCUGGAAGAGCUGGAGGAAGGCCAGAAAGGUGUGGGAGAUGGGACGGUGAGCUGGGGUUUGGAGGAUGACGACGACAUGACGCUGACACAUUGGAGAGGGGUGAUCCUGGGCCCCCAAAGGACCAGCUUUGAAAACAGGAUGUACAAUCUGAAAGUUGUAUGUGGGCCAGAAUACCCAGAGUCACCACCGUUUGUCAAAUUUGUGACAAAGAUAAACUUGAAUGGCGUGCACACCUCCAGCGGGGAGGUUGACGUGAAUGCGGUGACGGCACUGGCCAAGUGGCAGAACUCCUACAGCAUCCGGAUGGUGCUGCUGGAGCUGCGACGGCUCAUGACCUGCAAGGAAAACACGAAGCUUCCUCAGCCACCUGAGGGCCAGAUCUACAACAACUGAGCCCCUGCUACUUUUGCCUCCAUUGCCCCCCCCCCGACUUUUUAUUUUGCUUUCAUCCCUUUAUCCCCAUCCUCUCCGCCAUGUGACGUCACACCUCAUGCCAACACCUUGACUGAACAAACACACACACACAAACAGUUGAAGACGUAUACAAUGACACACGCAUGCAAACAGACACUCGCAUAUCUGUUCACACAGCAGAAGACUGAAGUCCACAGUAUUGGAUACAUGCGUACGCACAUACACAUUUAUCUGUAUACACACACACAUCAAAAGACUUAUACAAUAACAGGUACAGGCAAAUACACACAUAUAUGUAAACACACACUUGUUGAGCGUUCAUGAAAAUCAUUCCAGCUCCCCCCCCCCCCCUCACUGGAGCUUUGGGUGGGCUCGAUGUGAUGAGGCAGGCGGAGUCCUCAGUCCACACCAGAUGUGAUCAUUUGAAUACUGUACAUGUUAUUAAUCUUUUUGUUUUUAUUAUUUGUUAAAAAUGCAGAUUGUACAAUAACAUAAAUAACCUUAUUGAGUGUA